CUCUCUACAGGGUCGCACUUUCCCACAUUCACACAGUGAGUCUCUCCAUCAGCUCCAGUCGCCCCUCCACCUGCUGCCCUGACACACCAGCUUUGUGUCCUGAUAGAGGAUCAUUGAGCGUUCCUCAUUGUCUGUUCCAGCUCUUCCAUUGGCUAGAAAGUGUGAGAAAGUCCAGCGAGCUCAAGCUCCACACAUUCAUAUGGAGAUUUGGGAGUAUAAAUAGAGGAGCUGCAGGCAGUGCAAAUCAGACUCGCUCUACACAGAGAUCUACAGCACAGAGAUACAGACAUGACACCUACAAUCAUCUCAGACGAGCAUCUCCAUCUCAACAACAAGCUGAGAAAGCCAAUCGUGGAGAAGAUGCGUAGAGAUCGUAUCAACAGAAGCAUCGAGCAGCUCAAGGCUCUUCUGGAUCCACAGUUCCUCAAGCAGCAGUCUGAUUCCAAGCUGGAGAAAGCAGAUAUACUGGAGAUGACAGUCAGCUUCCUGACACACCAGCAGUCUGUUCUGGACUCCAGUUCACAUGCUGUCAAUCAAGGCUUCUCCAGGUGUGUCCACGACAUUGUGCACUUUCUGUCCGAACAUGACACACAGAAGACACAGAGCCAGAGAAGACUGCUGGAGCACUUCCAGAACCUGCAGACACCAUCUGAACAGAUCAGGAGAGAAAGUGUCCUGCCUCCGCUGAGCUCCACACACCACCACACCUUCAACAAAGAGAUGAAUGUCAACAAGAGCGCCAUCUGGAGGCCCUGGUAGACACCUACAACUACCAACAUAACAUUGAAAGUCUACAUUAGACAUUUGGACAUUUGUUUUCCUAUUUUGGAGAAAAAGUAUUUUUCGUUUAUGGAACGUUGUUCUUAAUUGACCAUAUUGGUCAUAAAUAUCUGUAAAGCUGUCAUGCCAGAUAUUUGUUUUGACAAAUUAUUCAGCUUACAAUAAGCUUUUCAUUACUUUCAAAUGUGAAAGAUUAUUUCUAUAGUCUGAGCAAUAUGUUGUUCGUCUUUUUUUGUGUGUGGCCAAGAGUUGGCUUGUAUUCUACAUUUAGAGCAAGAUCUAUGAUCGAGUUUUGUCAAUUGUAUGCACAAGAAGUUCAAACCCAUUUGGGGUUGUUGUAUUAGUGUUUCUAAAGAAAUAUUGCAAAUUAUAAGAUCUCAAUUCCUAGAGAUUUUAAAGCUCUUGCUUCAAUUUUCUUGAAGUCAUACUUUUGUAUGUGCACACUUGUGUAUAUACUUCUGUACUAUGUAUUAUUGAACUGUCUUUUAUAAAGACACCUUCCAUAGGCAUCAUGAAAACCUUUUCACUGUAAAUGUGAAACUUUGUUUCCUUCUGUGAAGGCACUCAUUUUAACUUUUUUUUUCUUUUAAGGCCAUUGAAUGUAUUUCAAUCAGUCUGUGGCGAAAUAAAA